AUGUCUUCUUGUGCCAAACGCACGAAAAAGGUUGGAAUUGUCGGAAAGUACGGCGUACGUUAUGGUGCGUCACUUCGUAAAACAGUGAAGAAAAUCGAAGUUAGCCAGCAUGCGAAGUAUAAUUGCAAUUUCUGCGGCAAAGAUUCGCUGAAACGGAAAGCGGUUGGCAUUUGGGAAUGCAAAGCUUGUAAAAAGGUUUUGGCAGGCGGAGCUUACGUGUGCAGUACCACCGCGGCUGCCACCACCCGAGCGGCUAUCCGACGAUUGCGUGAUGCUCACGAAAAUUAA